GAUCAGUUUUUAAAGCAUCUUUGUCGCGCUUCCAUCUGCGAUCACAUGAUGACUGCGAGCUGCUGCUGCUGCUGCUCUGACACAUGGAAACAGUUUAAUUUAUUAUCACAUUUAUUAUCGCACGACUGAUUCAAGACGCUGCUGGUGAAACUGUAAAGAGUUGACGAGAUGAUGGACAGACGUGAAGAGGAAGAGGAGGAGAAAGAGGAAGCAGCGUCUCCAGAGAGAGGUGACGAGUCUGGUGUGAUAGAAGAAACUCUAGCGCUGCAGGAUAUCCUGCAUGUGAAUGAACAGACGGUACAGCGACUGACAGACGGAUUCAUACAGCACUAUCUGCCAGAACUAAACACCUCCAAACAAGCCCUGCAGGAGCUUUCACAAAAUCAAGUUAUUUUGCUUGAUACUCUGGAGCAAGAAGUGAUGAAAUUCUGCGAGUGCAACAUCAUGAUUGAUCUGAAUUCUCUGUUCACAGAGGCAAAAGUUUAUCACAACAAACUAGUGAAUAUUCGUAAAGACAUGAUCAUUCUGCACGACAAGACGACCAAACUAAAGAAGCGUGCGCUGAAGCUGCAGCAGCACAAACAGCAGGAGGACCUGGAGAGAGAGCAGCAGAGAGAGAGAGAGCUUGAGCGAGAGAGACGCCUCAUCGCCAAACCAGCCAAACGCACCAACACCUGAAACACACACACACACUGAGCAUGCUCAGAAACAGAGCUCCAUCAUAGACUCCACCAUUGAUAUUUUGCAAUGGAUUUCCUGGAUAUAAAAUUUAUGAAGACUAAUUAAUCAGAAACAGUGUGCUGCCUGUGAAUGAUAGACAGGUGAAGAGGUUUCUUAUGUGUAAUGUAUGUUUUUCAUGUGUAGAUCCUGUCCAGUCUUCAUGAUCAUCUUUAUCAUCUGUGGUUUUCUGUAUGAUGUAAAAUGGCCAAAUGUUAAAAACAUGAUCCAAUAAACGUUCUUUCUUUAGUGAAA